AGGCCCACGGCCUCUGGGCAGGAAGCCCUUGCUGCACCCUGCCCCCCAGCCUCCUGGAGGCCUCUUUGGAACUCCUGGCUUUCUUGAGGGAACAGGGAGCUUCGGAAGGACGCUCCUUGAGGGCCGGGGAUGGGGGUGUCUGUGCUGCAGGGGCGGGGCUCCUGGCCUGGAAGGGAAAGGCGAUUUUCCAGGCCUCUUGGGCCAGAGCCAGAGGGGCAAAGCAGUACAAGGCCAGCGUCAGAAACCUCCCUGGUGGGGCUGGGCCCCCCAUUCCUGGCAUGCAGCCCCAAUCCUGAGGCCUGGCUGCCAGCUUCCGCCCCCUGGGCUGGCAAAGAAGGCCAACAGUUGGCUGCUCAGGCUGGGAGCUGACCAGGCACGCUGUCAGGAUGAUGGGGCCCCUUAGGGGCCUCACAUUGGAGGGCUAGGAGCACUGCCGCUCAUCUGACCCUGGCAGGCUACUUGGCAUAGCCACCAGCGCUGGGUGGCAUGGGCUCAGGUCACCUUCUCUCCACCGGACACGGGCCUGGUCAGCUGGGUGCCCGCAGGCCCGCCCUUGCCUGAGCAUCAGUGGUUGGAGAGGUGUCCUCAGCAGGGCUGGGGACAGGCUACUGGUUAAAUUUAGAGUGUGGGGUGGUGCCGCUGCCCAACUUCCACUUGCCAUCACAGCUGCCACUUCAGUCCUGCUGCCAGGGGGCAGGCGGGGGCUGGCUCUGCCUGGGCCGGGCCCAUAUUAACCUGUGCUCAGGCCUGGGCGGCCUGGGGGCCUGAGGUGGAGCUGAGCAGAGCGGAGCAGGAGGUGCAAGCCCCAGGAUUCUUGACGCCUGGCUCAGUUACCUGGGAGACAGGCUGGUGGCCCAAGCAAAGAUGGGGGGUCGGAGAGGGCUGGGCCUCGGCCGAGCCCUACUGGGGGUCAUGGCCUUGAGGGCAGGUGGCCACAGCCAGGCUGCCAUGAACGGGCUGAAGGAGAAGGUGCUAACGCUGGACUCCAUGAACCCCUGCGUUCAGAGGGUGGAGUACGCGGUGCGCGGCCCCAUCGUGCUACGCGCCCUGGAGCUGGAGCAGGAGCUGCGCCAGGGGGUAAAGAAGCCCUUCACUGAGGUCAUCCGAGCCAACAUCGGGGAUGCCCAGGCCAUGGGGCAGAAGCCUAUCACCUUCCUGCGGCAGGUCCUGGCCCUCUGCAUCCACCCUGAUCUCCUGAACAGUGCUGACUUCCCGGAGGAUGCCAAGAGAAGAGCACAGCGCAUCCUGCAGGCGUGCGGGGGCCACAGCCUGGGGGCCUACAGCAUCAGCCCUGGCAUCCAGAUGAUCCGCGAGGAUGUGGCUCGGUACAUCGAGCGGCGCGACGGAGGCAUUCCCGCAGACCCCAACAACAUCUUCCUGUCCACGGGGGCCAGCGACGCCAUCGUGACCGUGCUCAAGUUGCUAGUGUUCGGCGAGGGUCGCACGCGCACGGGCGUGCUCAUCCCCAUCCCUCAGUAUCCACUCUACUCCGCCGCGCUGGCCGAGCUCAACGCCGUGCAGGUGGACUACUACCUGGACGAGGAGCGCGCCUGGGCGCUCGACGUGGCCGAGCUGCGGCGCGCGCUGCGCCAGGCGCGUGACCACUGCCGUCCCCGCGCGCUCUGCGUGAUCAACCCCGGCAACCCCACCGGUGCGUUCCCUCCGCCGCCCCCAGCCGCGCGGCGCCGCGCCACGCCGGGUCAGCCUGCCCCUGAUCGCCCCGCGGAGAGCAGUGCGCCCUCUCGGCUCACCCCGGACCUGUCGCGCCUCCUUGCCCCAGGGCAGGUGCAGACUCGCGAGUGCAUCGAGGCCGUGAUCCGCUUCGCCUAUGAGGAGGGGCUCUUCCUGCUGGCCGAUGAGGUGUAUCAGGACAACGUGUACGCCGAGGGCUCGCAGUUCCACUCGUUCAAGAAGGUGCUCACGGAGAUGGGGCCGCCGUACGCGGCGCGGCAGGAGCUCGCAUCCUUCCACUCGGUCUCCAAGGGCUUCAUGGGCGAGUGCGGCUUCCGCGGCGGCUACGUGGAGGUGGUGAACAUGGACGCCGCGGUGCAGCAGCAGAUGCAGAAGCUGAGGAGCGUGCGGCUGUGCCCGCCUACGCCGGGCCAGGUCCUGCUGGACGCGGUGCUCAGCCCGCCCGCGCCCUCAGACCCCUCCUUCGCGCAGUUCCAGGCGGAGAAGCGGGAGGUGCUGGCCGAGCUGGCGGCCAAGGCCAAGCUCACUGAACAGGUCUUCAACGAGGCUCCCGGCAUCCACUGCAACCCGGUGCAGGGCGCCAUGUACUCCUUCCCGCGCGUGCAGCUGCCCCCCCGCGCCGUGCAGCGCGCUCAGGAGCUGGGCCUGGCUCCGGACAUGUUCUUCUGCAUGCGCCUUCUGGAGGAGACUGGCAUCUGCGUGGUGCCUGGGAGCGGCUUUGGGCAGCGCGAAGGCACCUACCACUUCCGGAUGACCAUUCUGCCCCCCAUGGAAAAGUUGCGGCCCCUGCUGGAGAAGCUGAGCCAGUUCCACGCCAAGUUCACUCUCGAGUACUCCUGAGGACCCCGCUGUGCGCCCGGCCGCGCCAGCGGGCACGAACGUGGACUGACAGGGCCCAGGGCCCUGGGGGCGAUCUCCGGGGCGCUCUGCGCUUGCUCCCGGGGCCUGCGGGGCUGGGCCUCUGUCUCUCGGCAGGCCCCGAAUAAAGCUAAGACAGCUUGGCUGCUUGGAGGCCGUGUGCA